AUGCUGUUGAGUUUAAUAGCUAUUUAUAUAGAUCUUUUGUUUUCAGAAAACAUCACCAUGCUGCUAAGAAAAAGAGGAGUGCUACUUCUUACUAUUCUAGUAAUUAUCAAAUCUUCAGAACAGCAUGGUUCCGGAGCACCAUCCGGGGCAUGCUUCGAUCAAAUGCCCAGACAUUCCACUAUCCUACCGCAGAGCUCAGUGCCGCCUUAUAUCAUAGUGCCAUCGACAUCACAAGUCAGACAGGGAGACACACUCAAUGUGACCAUCGGUAGUCCAGCAGGAGCCCCCUUGCCUAUUGGAGGGUUUAUACUGCAAGCGCGGUCAAUACAGAAUACUGACACAAUAAUUGGUCGCUUCGUAUCUGUACCGGACAACGCGAUCACUCACCUGAUAACCUGCAGCAAUGAAAACGACACGGCGACGCACUCCAACCCCCAGGAGAAACCGGCGCUCACAUUCCAGUGGAAGGCACCAACAGACUUCUUGGGUGGAGUUGAAUUCAAAGCAACGGUAGCGCAGAGCUAUGCCACUUUCUGGAGAAACGUGGAAUCCCCAUUAGUGGAGGUUGUGAGACCGGACACUGUCAUUACUACCAACGUACCAACACCAGCAGCCCCUACAACCACUCAAGCACCACCAGUUAUCUUGGAGAAUCAGCCAAGCCCGUCGACAGAAACUCGUGAUCUGAUAUACCAAGGAUGUGACGACACCAAACUAUGUUUCGGUGUUCCACAAAAUUGCAUCCGACAAGGCAACUGCAAAGCGAUCGUAGCUGUAUUAGUCGAGGGUGACAAAUACACAUUCGAAAUUCAAGGAACGGACAAUCCAAAAUACGUUGCAACAGCUCUUAGUAUGGACAAUAAAAUGGGUGACGAUAGCGCCAUGGAGUGCGUCAGGAAUGACAAUGGCAGAGUCAGUAUUUUCACUUCUUGGACAUACCCUAAAGCUGAACCAUACGUCAGCAGAUCUGAUUCACCGCAAGAUAUAGUUCAGUUGAAAGAUUUCACGCUAAUCAACGGGAAACUUUAUUGCAAAUUCACAAGAAACGUAGUAUCCACUGUCAAAGGGCAGACGUUCGAUUUGGCGAACAAUAAGUACAAUUUGAUGGUCGUUUCUGGCGAUAGUAUGAAAGAUGCGGAACGCGUUGGUUUCCACAACCUGGCGUACGAGUCCACAGGUGAACCGCUAGCUCUAGCGUCAGUGGGCCCCACUACCGGGGCAUCGAAGCUGCUGCUCAAAUUGCACGGAAGCUUCAUGAUAGCCGCUUGGGUGGGCUCUGCUUCUAUAGGGAUACUUUUAGCAAGAUACUUCCGACAAGUUUGGGUUGGCAGACAAAUGGGUGGCAAGGAUAUUUGGUUUGCAUACCACAGAAUCCUGAUGGUGAUGACUUGGCUGCUGACGGUGUGCGGCUUCAUCAUCAUCCUCGUGGAAGUGGGCGGCUGGUCUACCACCGGAGACAACCCUCACGCCAUUACAGGAAUAGUUACUGUAGUUCUUUGCUUUAUACAGCCUAUCGGUGCUUACUUUAGACCGCAUCCGGGUACCAAGAAGCGGCCUAUCUUCAACUGGCUCCAUUGGCUCGUUGGUAACGCUGCGCAUAUCCUUGGAAUUGCGACAAUAUUCUUGGCGGUAUAUCUACAAAAAGCGGAGCUGCCACGGUGGAGCGUCUACAUUUUGGCUGCAUUUGUUAUUUUCCACGUGAUCGUACACAUAAUACUAUCGCUGACAGUAUGUGUAUCAGACGGCAGGAUAAGUAACGGACGAGUGAAUGCUUUCCCGAUGAAAGAUAUGUUGGGCCAGACGAGGCAAACUUCGCAAGUCGAUAGAAGUACAGACGCGCCGUUCUCCAGUUUUAGAAGACUUCUCCUUGGCAUCUACGCCCCCAUCAUCCUUAUACUAGCUGUAGCAAUGAUCUGUUUGGUUGCAUUAGCGCCUAUCAAUUCUACGUACAACAACAUCAUGGGCGCUUGA